CACACACACACACACACACACAGCGCUGAGCUCUGCCCCUACCUACGUGUCCGUAAAGCGGUCAGAGUGAGUGUGUUAUGGCCUCAGAAGUGAAAGAACUCCCUGAGAGUGGGAAAACUGUGAGAAAGGACGGUCUUUAACUGACUCACAUGAAAAGUUGAGUUCAUUUCGGAAUAUUAACGCUGUAUCCGUGGACUGUCUAACUGUCAGGCGGUUUUGUUCACGAUGGUCCAUAAAUAUGAUACUGAGAGAGCAGUUGGGCUGCUGAGGCAGUAUCAGGCUAGUCUGACCAGCCCAGAGGAGCAGGCUCUAAAGACCAGUGUGGGCAAGGUUUCUGCUAUCUUUGGCAGCCAGCUCUUUAAGGCUCUGUUGGAUAUCCAAGAAUGCUAUGAGGUGACCCUGCAGCUAAAUGCAACAGAGAAUGCAGCAAAAGAGAACGGCCCUAAGGAGAUGUUGGAGCAGAACUCAGAAAUGGAGGGUGUGUCACGAGUCCGAGUGACCAGCAGGAGGAGUCCACAGAAGGUGGAGAGAGUGGCCGGGCUCGUGAGCCGUUCCCAUGUGGAGACACCCAAGGCAUCAUGGUCGAGUUGUACAGUAUCAUGGCAGACCUCAUUUUCACAUGCCUUCCCAAUCACAACACGCCCAGAGGCACAUGGCAGCACAAUGCCUGCAGGCGCUGGCUUUUUAGAUGAGUGGAGAACUGAGCGAGGGGUGUGGGAGUGUGGAGGAGGAAGAGGAGUGUGCAGUGGUCUCAGCUAAUGCUGUAGGAAGGCUCUGUUUUUCUUUUCUUUUUUUUUUUUCUUUUUUUUUUUUAUUUAAAGAAAGCCAUUUAAAGUGUCAUUUCACUACAUUAAUAUUCUAUGAUUGAUAAUACAAAGCACAUUAUGUUGAGAGAAAAGCUGUGUGAUGCUGAGCCAAAUGCAGUGCUAUGUCUCUUUCCACACAUGAGUAGGGAAAAUUGGGGAUGCAUGGUGCAGUGAAAGGAUGGAGAGAAGCACAAAUAUAGAGGGAGCAGCAGAGAUAGAGAGAGAAAACUAAAGAGAGAGUGGGGGAGGAUGGAAGGAAUGAGCCGACUGAGAGGCGAGGGCCGGUGCAGUGCAACGCAGUCAGAGCUGGAACGGACACCCAGAGCUCAGCCUUCCGCAGGUUGCCAUGGAAACCACAUUCCUCCCUCUGCUUGCAUCCCCACAGACUGACUGCCUCGCUUGCUCUCCCUCCCUCUGUCUGUUUUCCCAUCUCUCUUUCUCAUCUCUGUACCUUACGCAGUCAUAUGUGUUCAUCAGUACAACAUGGACAGAAAAACAACACCAAAAUCGUAAAAUGUGUGGACAUUAUAAACUAAAUGAACAGUCUUAGCUAAAAGCAAAUUCAGUGCGAGAAUCAAAUAGUAUCUUAUUUCUCAUAUUUCUGUAUCUCUAAUGAAAUUUUUUGUCAGAAUAAUCUUCUCCAUUCCUAGAUCCUUGUUUACUUAAGCACAGAUUUCUUGUCAUAGUUCCAUACAUUUUGAUCCCAGUCAUUUAUCACUUAUGAUUACCAUUCUGCAUGUAACAAGCUUCUCUAUAUGUUCCCUCUCCUCCCAUUAUUAUGCCUUAGCUUCUGAAAUAUUCUUAUUAAAUAUCCUUUUCACCUGAUUCCCUUAAUUUCCAGUCACUAUCCAUUCACCUUAUACUCUUCCUUUUUCUCCAUCCCUCUUUUCCUUCGUCUCUAUCUUUCCUUUUCUAUAGCUCCCCCCUAUCAUUAGACUGUCACUCACAUGUGCACUGUUUGGUACAGCAGCUGUUUUCUACCAUCAGUUCUAUUAAUAGGAGUCACAGCCUUCAUAGGCGCUUUUGUUUAGGGUCUCAGAGAGUGCGUAAUGUGGGAGCCAUGACACAAUCUUUAUGUCUACAGAGUCAUGUUCCUACCUUCAGCUGUCCAUGAAACACUGGAGAAUAGUUUGAGCAUGACUGAAUUGCAUGAGGUCAGCACAAUGGGAAGAAAAUUGUUUGAACAAAACAUUUCCCACACUGAACAAAACAUGAUGAAAGGUAUUAAUAUCUAUGACAUAUCUUCACACUGUUUUAGAAAUCUCACUGUAUUUUAUGCAACCUUGCCUCUGCAUUUCAUUCAAAUGAUGCUUAGUAAUGGUGCUACUGCCCCUUUAAGUCUGCCUGUGUCUUAUAUUACCUUAUUUGGGCAUGCAUCCUGUUAGGUGGUUAGAGAGCAGUCACAUGGCCUACUGUGAGAAUGCACAAAAAUUCCAGAAAUUUUCUAUGUAUCUCGUCUGUGUGAAUGUGUAUCUGAAAGGUUUGAGGUAUAAAUGUUUAUGCAAUGCGGAUUGCAAUUAGGCUGACAGGUAAAGGUUUUUUUGUUGCACGAGCUCUGCCCUCCCCUUGAAAUCAUGUGGAUUUCCUCAUGUUUAUACUACGAAUUGGUAAACCUUCCAUAUUGAUUUAUUAAAGUUGGGAUAGAUUAUGAUAAAUAGCUAUGCUAUGUCGUGUUCACGUGAUUCAUCAGAGCUGUCCCUAUUUUCAGAAUCAUUUUCUAAACAUAUAUGAAGACCUAGUUCAACUAGUUGACCUACCAGUUAGGCUACCUAGUGUAGGUAAUUUAGCGUCAAAACAUACAGUAUGCACUGUGAAACAUUAAAAUUCAGAUAUUCAGGAAGACUUUUUGUUACAGGACCUAAAUCUAGAGCAGUAUACAUGCUUGUCUCCACACUAGACAGCUAUACUAAUGGCAUAAUUGUUUUUAGAAUUUAGUGCAUGUAUACUAUACCCUAUGUAAUCUGUAUAGACUAUGUGUAUGGAAGCUUUGUUUUCUGUAAAGAUGCGUUAUGACAAUAUCUGUUAAAAGAGCUAUAUAAAUAAACUUGAAUUUUAUUGAAUGGAGCUGACUGCAACUGUAUACAUACGCUACAUGGCCAAAAGAUUGUGGACAUCUGACCACCACACCCAUAUGUGGGCCUUCCCCAAACUGUUGCCACAAAGUUGGAAGCAGUUGUAUAGAUGUCUAUGUGUUAGUAUUACAAUUUCCCUUGACUGGAAGAGGCAUAGCUCAAACAUGUUCCAGCAUAACAGUGCCCAUGUGCACACCACUGGGAUGAACUGGAGCUCUGACUGCGCCCCAGGCCUCCUCGCCCGACAUCUUUGCCUGACCUCACUAAUGCUUGUCCGGCUGAAUGGGCAAAUCCCCACAGCCACGCUCCAAAAUCUAGUGGAAAGCCUUACCAGAAUAGUGGAGGUUGUCAUAACAGCAAAGGGGAGGUGACUCAAUCUGGACUGGGAUGUUCAAAAAGCACAUGUAGGUGUGAUGGUCAGGUGUCCACAAACAUUUGACCAUAUGACCAAACAAUGCAACCCGAGUGAUGCAACAGUAAAGCAUUCGCCGUAUUGUCUGGAGAUCGCAAGUUCAAGCCUGACAAUGCCACAGCCAUCCGUGGCCGUGAGUCCAAGAGAGCAAAACGGGCCAUGUUCUUUGACUGGGACGGGUGGCAUACUUUAUCUCCCCUGUCAGUCACAAUGACACUAGCCAGUCGUAGCCAUCUGUGAGGUCAUGCAUGUGGAACUGGGUGACUAGCGCUUUCCUCCAAGUGUGUUAUGCUGCCUUGUGAUGCAGUGCAUAAAUGUUUGAUUCAGUUGGCAAACAUUUGCCCUCAUUUCCUCCCUCUCCAUGCUACUGUUUAGUAUUACAGUUAUAUAGAGCUCUGACCAUUGAUUGUCUGUGCUGCAAACAUAAGCCCUUUUUAUAUUUAUAUAUUAUAUAAUCUUUGAAGGAGUAGGACUCUUUCCCUAGAGGUACUAGAAACACCCACAUGCGUUCACACACUGAAAGAUGUAACAAACCCCAUGACCUAAUGCAAGCAUAUUAUGCUCGAGUGUGAGUCUGAUCUGCUUCUCUAUUUUCUUGUCCAAUUUACAUCUUCAGUUGUAAAGAUCAUCAUUAGAGAUUUGUCCGCUGCUCCUGUGAAGAGUAUUGAAGUGUGGUCCACUGUAUGGGGGACAUCUGUAGAUGAGAGCUAUGGGGAAAAGGAAAGAAGAGAAGGAGACAUGUGGCCGGGGAUGGAUAUGCUUGCAUCAUCAUUUUUAGCUGCAAGACACCACCCAUAUAUAAACUGUUUUCGGAUGAGCAAGCUUCUAGGUGGUUAUAGUAAUUGAGCAGAUUUUUUAAAUCAAUAGUUUUAUAGGAAAUUGUAAUAGUAGUAGUGAUAUUCCCCUUCAGUCAUUUCAGUAACUGCAGUUUCCUUUCCCCCAUUUGGCAUGAGAGUUAAACUGGGCUUUAUGAAAAAUAACAUGUUUGAAAUAAAUGUCAGAAAUAGUUUUGGGGUGAUUUAUGGUGCUCUAAUGCAGCCCUUUUUUAUUAAAUUAUGUGUAAUAGGAUUGGAAAAUCAGCAUAAUAGCUCUUUGUCAAAACUGAUUACUAAUUGGCAAGACAUGUAAACUAAAUAAAUAAUCUAGUUAGUAUCUAGGAUAUUUGGCCUGAUGGCAUGAUUGUGCAGUGGGUAAUGUUGUUGCUUCACAGCUCCAGGGUCCCCGGUUCAAUCCUGAGCUUGGGUCUGAGUGGAGUUACGCUUGUUCUAUCUGUGUCAAUGUAGCUUUCUUUCAGGUUCUCUGGUUUCCUCCCACCUCCCAAAAACAUGCCUGUAGGUGGAUUAACUAUGUUGAUUGCCCUUAGGUGUGAAUGUGUGUAUGGUAGCCGGCAGUGGACUGGUGCCUCAUCAAGGGUGUGUUUCCAUCUCAUGCCCAGUGUUAAAGGGCCCUACAUUCUCCAUGAUCCUGACCAGGAUAACCAGUUAAUAAAUAAAUAAUAUAAUAAAAAAAGCUAAAAUAAAAAAGUGCUAUACAAAUAAAAUUGAAUUAAUAAAGGGGAUGAUGAUGACGAUGGACUUGAGGCCUGAGAAGACAUAAUGGUGUCAUUUCGGCCAGGAAUGAUUCAAAUAUAUGUGAAUUCAAAUUUUUAAUAAUAAGAAGAAAAUAUUUUGAAUUACUAAACUAUCUUUUGAAUUUUUUCUCUUAACUAAGGUGCCUUCAGUGUAGCUUAACUGUUUUUUUAAUCAAUUAACCAAAACAUGUUGAACCUUAGAAAUUACCAUAAAGUCAGGUUGGGUCUGCAACAAAAUGUCAACUAUUCUCUAUUAAUUAGGUGAAUUUUUUAUAGUCUGUAGUGAUUCAUACGAAUAUGACCACAUGAAAUGUUCACCUGACUCAUCCUAAUUU